UUUAUAUAUGAGCGCUACAGUGUUGAGAUAAACUUUUCUGGGUUUAGCAGUUUGAAGCAUUGCCAAUGAUGAUUCUUUUCAACAUUUUUUGUCUAACUUAUGCUGUAUUAAGUUGCACUACUUUGGAGCAAGUUCAGGGUGCAGAAAGGAUAUUCAAAACAGUUGACACACCUCUAGGUCCUAUUAGAGGUCGGCAGUUUAACACUACAUCUGGUAAUCCUGUGUUUAUUUUUAGAGGUGUUCCAUAUGCUCAACCUCCAGUUGGAGCUCUUCGUUUUAAGCCCCCAGUGCCUCUAACCCCAUGGACUGAAAGGAAGGACGCUCUGCAGACACCUGAAAGAUGCAUACAGUUGGCCUCUGCAGACAAUAUAAUGGGAUCUGAAGACUGCCUGUAUCUGAAUAUUUUCAGCCCAGAGUUACCAUCAAAUACAAGUACUCCCAGACCAGUGUUUGUGAUGAUUCAUGGUGGUGGCUUCAGAACGGGUUAUGCUCAGUCAUACUCACCUGAUUUCUACGUUGACAGUGGCAUUUUAGUUGUUUCCAUACAGUACCGUCUUGGACCACUAGGAUUCAUGAGUACAGGUGACUUACUGCUACCUGGAAACCUGGGUAUGAAGGAUCAGGUCCUUGCACUCCAGUGGAUACAACAAAAUAUUGCUGCAUUUGGUGGCAAUCCAGAUGAUGUUACCAUUAAUGGCCAAAGUGCUGGAGGAGCUUCAGUACAUUUCCUUGUGCUGUCACCCAUGUCAAAAGGCCUCUUCAAACAAGCUAUAUCACAAAGUGGAUGUGCACUCAAUCCUUGGGCAUUUAAAAAAAAUACUACAGAUCGAACAUUCCGUUAUGUUUCAUAUUUGGGAUAUGAAGCAAAUACCACUUCAGAUCUAAUGAAUUUUCUGAUGAAUGUUGAAGCAGAAGAACUGGUAAAAUACAAGUCUGUGGGUGUCUCUGAAGAGGACCGUGUAACUUUCUUUAUGACUAUAUGGAUACCAACUCUGGAACCAGAACAUGAAGGUGCUUUUCUGACAGAGGAACCACAGAUAUUAAUGUCAGAGGGACGUUAUAACUAUGUACCUUAUCUAGCAGGCAUAACAAGUUAUGAACUGCUGGCUAGGACACAAGAAGGUGGUGUGUUUGCAUCUGAAGAAGAUGUAAAGAAUUUGAAUGACAACUUUGAUGCUUAUGUUGCUCAUGAGCUCCGACUGUCAAGCAGAGAAGAGCAGUUAAGAGUCUCUGCAGAAAUUCGACAAUUUUAUUAUGGUGACAAUGAAAUUACUUUACAACUUAAUGACUCAACUGCCAAGUUGGCAUCAGAUCUUAGUUUUACGGAAGGAGUAGAUACUGUUAUACGUAACAUGAGUAGAAGUUCUCCAGAACCUGUGUACUAUUAUCAGUUCUCAUUCAACGGACCACUCAAUGUAUACCCCGAUUUUCCAGGAGCUUGCCAUGGGGAUGAUACAAGAUAUGCAAAAAACUAUGUUAAUCUUGAAACAGAUUCUGCUGGAUACAAAGUUGGACUGCAAUUGCUUCAUAUGUGGGCCAAUUUUGUGAAAUACAGUGAUCCAACUCCAGUUAUUGAUGAACUACUUACAGAAGACUGGAAUCAGUAUGAAACAAACAACACAAAUUAUUUAGAGUUUGUUUCACCUCUUUAUACUGGGACUGGACUAAACAAGGAAAGAAUGGAUUUCUGGCACACUGUAAUGCCAUAGAUAAAUUGUUCAAGGAAACAUACAAAAUGAAAAUAAUGAGUAUAAGAAAAAGCUGAAUAUAUGUGAAAUAUUGUUAAUUUUUGUUUUCAUUUUAGUUAUUGGCAAAACUGUGAUGUAUUUAUUAAUAUAAUUCACCCUUCCUCUGCCAUUAUUUUAACAUUAUAUGCAAAAAUAGAGAUUUAUUUUCCUUUCUUAUAUAUUCUGUUUAUUUGUUGUCUUCAUGAGUUAAAAUUACUUUAUACCUAACAGAAUUGACUAUUUUCACACUAAAAAUAAGGUAUUGUUAUGGAGAAAUGCACAGUUUUUAUAAUUAUUUAUAUGAAUGAGCUACGUAAUUUCUUGUAAAUAUGUUUCAGCUAUCACAAACACUCACCAAACAGCACAUGCAUUGAGUCGCCAAGAGGCAAACACAAAAAAAUUGACAAUGGAUUUCUUCCCCAAGCUAGCAUAAUUUUCAUUCUCUUUUGCCCCUCUUGAUGACCCAAUCCUGCCUUCAAGUAUCACAAUUUGAUAUUAAGUAUAAUUUGUUCAUUAUUGCCAACUAACAUCUGACAACUUAAUGCAAAGACUGUUUGAAUUCAUAAAAUGUGUAAUAAAUAUAAUAAAGAUUAAUUUUUUAUACCUUA